AUAUGUCACACUUUUGCCCUUUAAUGUUUCUUUUAUUCACUCUUCCACAUGGUAGCUUCCUAUCGCCGGAAACCAAAGAGCACUAGCUCUUCUCCACUUCUCGGCUUCCCUCGCCUCAGAUUCGUCCGUUACCGCCGAUUGAGAUAAUCUGUUCAUUAAAAUUUCCUUUUAGAAUUAUACUAUUAUCAUCAUGUCUACUUCCAAGACUCACCGGAGAGGACACGAAGAGAAGAACCGGAAGGGGAGGCUGGCCCAGAGAUCGUCGUCGUUCCACUCCGGUAUUCCGAUGACUAUGGCCCCGCAGGCGGAGCUUCGCCGUCCAAAGACCUUGCCGGAUCUGCUCUCAGGUAGGAGUGUCUCUGGACUCUCGCCGGAGGGAGGGCCACGGUUGACCAAGUUGCUGCUCAAUGUCACCGUUCAGAGGAGUUUAGGGCCAGUCCAGGUAGUGAUGUCGCCGGAUUCAACAGUCGGAGAUCUGAUCGCGGCGGUUCUGCGGCAGUACGCGAAGGAGGGGCGGCGGCUGGCCUUACCGACCACGGAUCCCGCCGGUUUCGAUCUUCAUUAUUCGCAGUUCAGUUUAGAAAGUCUGGACAGAAACGAAAAGCUGAUGACAUUGGGAUCGCGAAACUUCUUCCUGUGCUGCAAAAAAUCUGAACCAGACGUUGGCGAGAGCGCCGCCGAAGCUAGCGAAACGACGUCGUCUUCAACCUGUUCUACUGAAGCAGACAAAGUAUCCAAGAUUUCAGUUCCAUGGCUCAAAUUCAUAGAUUUCUUAUUCUGAAUCACUGAUAUAGUGAAUCCGUACUAUCGCCCUAUUGAUUUCUUCAUCUCUGGGCUAUGUAAUUGUGAAUAUCAACAGUUUGCAUCUGUAAUUUUGACAGAGUUUUAGCUUGUCUGCAAAAAUUGCAAAAGCCUUUGUAUGGUAUAUAAAGAUUGUAAUACAAGUAUUUGCAGUUGAAAUUCAGAAAUUCUUAGUUGGGUGUUUCA